CAGCUCUGCGCACGAUACAGAUGAGGUCACUCAGCGGGCCGGGGCCGCAGGGCCCCCGGCCGGUCCACACCCGGCCCAGAGCGGGCUGGACGAGUCUGGGGGCCGGAGGUCCCAGGCCCCGCCCCGCCAGACUUUAAGAAGGAGCACCGGGCGCACGCGCAGACAGAGCAGACGCGCGCUCCAGACGCCGGUCCCGGGCAGCGAGCGAGCCACGCGCCGUCCCCGCCGCGCACGCGCAUGGAGGGGCGCGCGAGCCCCCCGAGCGCGCCGCGCACCCGCUCCGUGACGGCCGCGCUCUGCCGCGGCCCCGUGGAGCCGCUAGUGUUCCUGGCUAACUUUGCCUUGGUCCUGCAGGGCCCGCUCACCACGCAGUACCUAUGGCACCGCUUCAGCGCCGACCUUGGCUACAAUGGCACCCGCGACAGGGGGGGCUGCGGCAACCACAGCGCGAACCCGACGAUGCAGAGAGUGGAGACCCUUACCUCCCACUGGACCCUCUACAUGAACCUGGGAGGCUUCCUGGUGGGGCUCUUCUCGUCCACCCUGCUGGGAGCCUGGAGUGACCGCGUGGGCCGCCGGCCCCUGCUGGUGUUGUCCUCGCUCGGCCUGCUGGCCCAGGUCGUGGUGUCCAUCUUUGUGGUGCAGCUGGAGCUCCACGUCGGCUUCUUCGUGCUGGGCCGCAUCCUGUGUGCCUUCCUGGGGGACUUCGGGGGCCUCCUGGCUGCCAGCUUUGCCUCCGUGGCAGAUGUCAGCUCCAGGCGCAGCCGCACCUUCCGGAUGGCCGUGCUGGAAGCCUGCAUCGGUGUGGCGGGGAUGCUGGCGAGCCUCCUUGGGGGCCACUGGCUGCGGGCCCAGGGUUAUACCAACCCCUUCUGGCUGGCCUUGGCCUUGCUGAUAGCCAUGGCUCUCUACGCAGCGUUCUGCUUCGGUGAGACCCUGAAGGAGCCGGAGCCCGCCCGGCUCUUCACGCUCCGUCACCACCGAUCCAUUAUCCAGCUGUACGCGGUGCCCUCCCCGCAGAAGUCCAGGAAGCAGUUAGCCCUGUACUCGCUGUCCAUCUUCGUGGUGCUCGCUGUGCACUUUGGGGCUCAGGACAUCCUGACCCUCUAUGAGCUGAGCUCACCCCUCUGCUGGGACUCCAGGCUCAUCGGCUACGGGUCUGCAGCCCAGCAGCUCCCCUACCUCACCAGCCUGCUGGGCCUGCGCCUCCUGCAGUGCUGCCUGACCGACAGCUGGGUGGCUGAGAUCGGCCUGGCCUUCAACAUCGUGGGGAUGGUGGUCUUUGCGUUCGCCACCGUCACGCCCCUCAUGUUCACAGGGUACGGGCUGCUCUUCCUGUCACUGGUCAUCACACCCAUCAUCCGGGCCAAGCUGUCCAGGCUGGUGAGCGAGUCGGAGCAGGGUGCUCUCUUCUCUGCUGUGGCCUGUGUGAACAACCUGGCCAUGCUCACGGCCUCCGGCAUCUUCAACUCUCUCUACCCCGCCACGCUGAACUUCAUGAAGGGCUUCCCCUUCCUCCUGGGAGCUGGCCUCCUCCUCAUCCCGGCCACUCUGAUUGGGUACGGCAGGGCCCUGACCAGUGAGCGCUCCUGGGGAACCCCUUAUCCUCAGAGACCCCCUGCAUCCUUGAAGAGGCAGCUUCACUCCCAGAACCCGUGCCCUGGUGGUAUCUCAUCCCAGGCUGAUGCGUCCCUUGCACAUAGCUGUGUAAUGCCUCGGGGGCCAAGGCCCAAGGCCGAGGCAGAGGGCAGGAUGGAUCAUGCUGACCACAAGGCCGUGUUCCCUCCUCCUGUCUGCGUCAUCCCUCUCUGUUCCCAUUUUACAGCAGGGCCUGUGGUGGUAGAACCGGGCUAAAGGGAAGCCAGAAAGCUCCCUCUGCUGGUUGUGGCUGGGCUGGCCCGCUGACUUGUUCCCCUGUCAUCUUAAGAGUUCCUUCUCGGAGUUCCCUGUGUCUGGGGUCUGGGACUGUCCUCCACCUCACCGCUUGGGGGGUGGGGGGAGCCGCCUGAACCAGCCCACCCAAGUAAGGCCCCUGUCUCUUCUCCAGACAAGAGUUGAGGGGCCCCCUUGUCAAAUCUCAACCCCUCUCUGGUCUCUUAUAGGAUACUGGAAAAGGCUAGUUCUCGCCUUGAAUUCCAGCAGUUUCCCCAGAGCCCCGAACUACCCGGACCAGAAGACAAGAGGGCAAGGGGGCCAGAGUGAACCUGAAGCAGUGGAAGUCUGCCUCCAGGAGCCCAGCAGCGCUGGCGCUCCCUUCAAAGGACGGUGCUGCCCCUGGACGAGGUGCUCAAGUACCACCUGUCCACGGCUAAGCCAGCCUCUGAUUAGCAUCUGGACCGGCCACUCCCACAGGGGACAGCAUAAGGUGACCCCUCCGGGGAGCAGAGAGCUCCUGCUGGAGGUGACACUUCAGGGACCUGGUGAAGCUUGAGGUUGCCAUCUCUCCUCCUAGCAGACCGUACAGCCCUCAGUCCCAGGUCCCUCGUGUGCCCAGCAGCCACCUGUCACUCCUUAGUGAAGGGUGCAGAGCCUGGCCAGUGGCAGCCCUGGGGAGAGGACGGCUGUGGGAGGGAUCUGGUGCCCCUUGGAGGAGAGCGCUGCUGUCGCUUGGCUGGGAACCAACCCUAGGCUAUGCCUGCCCAACCCUGGCUUAACAGCGCCAUUUGUCACAAUAAAUCAUUUGGCUCAGA